AUGGUUGGAAGUAUUGAGGCGGAUAGUCGUAAUUUGUACCUAAAUGGCACUAUACAAAACCAAAAUGGUAUGGAAGAGAAGCUUGAUGAACUUCGGAGAAUUCUUGGCAAGGCUGAUGGUGAUUUGGUGAGAAUUGUUGGAGUCGGAGCUGGUGCAUGGGGCAGCGUUUUUGCUGCUUUGCUUCAAGAUAGCUAUGGUCAAUUUAGAGAUAAGAUUCAAAUCAGGAUAUGGAGACGGCCCGGAAGAGCUGUUGAUAGAGCCACAGCUGAACACCUCUUUGAAGUGAUCAAUUCGAGAGAGGAUGUAUUGAGGAGGUUGAUUAGGCGCUGCGCGUAUCUAAAGUAUGUUGAGGCGAGAUUGGGCGAUCGGACACUUUAUGCGGAUGAGAUUUUGAAAGAUGGAUUUUGCUUGAACAUGAUUGAUACACCACUUUGUCCUUUGAAGGUUGUGACUAACUUGCAGGAGGCAGUUUGGGACGCUGACAUCGUGGUGAACGGCUUGCCUUCAACUGAAACACGCGAGGUGUUUGAAUUGAUCAGCAAGUAUUGGAAGGAGAAAAUAACCAUGCCCAUUAUUAUCUCUUUGGCAAAAGGCAUAGAGGCUGAACUGGAGCCUGCACCUCGUAUAAUUACACCUACAGAAAUGAUUCAUCGAGCAACUGGAGUACCAAUGGAGAACAUUCUUUAUCUUGGUGGACCAAAUAUUGCUUCAGAGAUUUACAACAAGGAAUAUGCUAAUGCUCGAAUUUGUGGUGCUGAAAAGUGGAGGAAACCACUUGCUAAGUUUCUAAGGCAGCCCCAUUUUGUUGUGUGGGACAAUAGCGACCUUGUUACUCAUGAAGUUAUGGGAGGCUUGAAGAAUGUCUAUGCAAUUGGUGCUGGAAUGGUAGCAGCUCUAACAAAAGAAAGCGCAACCAGCAAAUCUGUAUAUUUUGCACACUGCACAUCUGAGAUGAUAUUUAUCACCCAUUUAUUGACGGAAGAACCCGAGAAGCUUGCUGGGCCACUGCUAGCUGACACUUAUGUGACCCUGUUGAAAGGUCGAAAUGCAUGGUAUGGACAAAUGGUGGCCAAGGGUGAGCUGAGCCUGGAUAUGGGGGACAGCAUCAGCGGCAAAGGGAUGAUUCAGGGAGUCUCUGCAGUGGGGGCAUUUUAUGAACUUCUUAGUCAGUCAAGUUUAAGUGUAUUGCAUCCUGAAGAAAACAAGCCUGUUGCUCCAGCUGAGCUCUGUCCCAUCUUGAAGACAUUAUACAAAAUACUCAUAGCAAGGGAACAACAGUCUCGAGCCAUUCUCCAGGCAUUGAGGGAUGAAAACUUGAAUGACCCCCGUGACCGCAUCGAGAUAGCUCAAAGCCAUGCUUUCUACAGGCCUUCACUCCUUGGGAAGCCUUGA